AUUUGUCGAAAGUGCGGUAUCGAUUGUGAAAACAGAUAAACACUGAGCAGCCUGCAGUGGAGCUGAUCCUGCUGUGAGCCUGUUGUGCCUUUUCCCCAAAUAAAGGACGCUUGGAAGAGGAGAAAGUAUGAGCGACUUACUCGGAAUCACGUGACUCACACAGAUUGGUUUUUCGUCUCCAUUUAACCGUUUUCCUUUUUUGUAUAUGAUGGCUGAGCUAAUCUAGCAGGCUAACAAGCUACAGUGCCUUUUCCUCUACCGGAAGAAGAUCAGAGAGUGCAGCCUCUGUUUCCUCCUAAUGGCUUCAACUUCUGCAGUUGGAAAAGCAGAAUGGCGUGAAGGUGACAGUUGUCUGGCUCUACACCUAAGACAUGGUGUCCUGAGAGAAGCCACUAUCCAGAAACUGACCUCCAGCUCUCUUAAUGAGGAUACAGCAUGGGUGAUAUUUAAAGACACUAAUAAAGAUGUGGGAGAGGACGAACAAGAGGCGGAAGCCAUACCUGUCUCAAAACUUGUGAGACCUGGUUUGAGGGACUUCAUGCAUGAGAAACCUUGGUUUCCUACCAGCCUGAUAGACCCCAAGUUAUGUGUCCCGUUAGAGCUGAGUGAUGCUGAUGAAGACAGAGUUCCCUAUACCAUCAAUAGAUACCUUAGAGCUUACCAGCAGGAAGGUAUCAGGUUCAUUUACAAUAACUACAUCCGUUCCAGAGGUUGCAUCCUGGGAGAUGACAUGGGCCUGGGAAAGACUGUACAGGUCAUUGGUUUUCUGGCUGCUGUAUUGCACAAAACAGGCACAUGGGAGGACAUUGCAAACAACAGGCCCCAGUUUCUGCAGAGUCAGCAGUCAUCUGAGCAAAGUAAUCCCAGCAAAGUGUUCCUUAUUGUGGCCCCACUGUCAGUGCUUUAUAACUGGAAAGAUGAGCUGGACACAUGGGGUCACUUCCAGUGUGUGGUGGUCCACGGACUGAGGAAAGAGGAGGAGUUGGCCCGCAUUAAGAAAGGGCGAGUUGAAAUUGCCCUCACUACCUAUGAAACUCUUCGUCUCUGCCUGGAUCAGUUUAAUAAGAUUGACUGGUCUGGUGUGGUUGUCGAUGAGGCCCACAAGAUAAAAAAUCCAGACUCUCAGAUCACUCAGGCCAUGAAGGAGCUAAGAUGUAAGGUCAGAAUUGGUCUCACUGGAACUAUUUUACAGAACAACCUGGAGGAGCUGUGGUGUGUUAUGGAUUGGCUGCCAAGAGAGGGACUGUGGUACUGCAUGAGGAAAUCAGGAGUGGCAGAGAAAACUGAGGUUGGUACAGGACAUGUACGAGGACAGCGAGAACCUGGUGAAAUGGCUAUACCAGGUUGUCUUGGUAGCUUAGGCCACUUCAAGAACAAAUUUUCAGAUCCAAUUGAGCAAGGGCAGAGGCACAGCGCAACCAAACGCGCUCUCGCUACAGGGAGGAAGGCCGUCAGAGCCCUGGUGAGGAAGAUUUCUCAUUGGUUCUUCAGAAGGACUAAAGCUCUUAUCAAAGAACAGCUGCCCAAGAAGGACGACCGGGUGGUAUAUUGCUCUAUGACAGAGUUUCAGCAGACAGUGUAUCAGGCAGUGCUCGGCAGUGAAGAUGUGACAUUACUCCUAAGGUCAUCAGAAAAAUGUGACUGUCACAGCAGACGCACCCGCAGAAGCUGCUGCUAUAAAACAAACUCUGAUGGUGUUCAUAUGAAGGAGCUGUACUUUAGUUACCUGGCCAUAUUGAGAAAAGUUGCGAACCAUGUAGCACUCCUUCAGUCUACUCCAGGCACCAGCAAGAAACAGGAAAAGUAUGUGAGUGCUGUUUGUGCAAAGGUAUUCCAGAAGUUUCCAGAAUUUGUGCAUAGAUGCAAAAAUGAAGCAUUUGAAGCCUUGUCAGACCCAAUGUACAGUGGAAAAAUGAAGGUGCUGCAGAAGCUUCUCAAAUUUUAUCUACAAAAGAGAGAUAAAGUGCUUAUUUUUUCUCUCUCAACCAAGCUAUUAGAUGUGAUGGAGAGCUACUGCAUGGCUGUGGGCCUGGACUUCAGCAGACUGGACGGAUCCACCAAAUCCAAAGAGCGAGUCCAGAUCGUCAGAGAUUUUAACAGCUCCUCUCACAUCAACCUCUGCCUGGUUUCCACCAUGGCAGGUGGUCUUGGUCUUAACUUUGUUGGUGCUAAUGUUGUGGUGCUGUUUGACCCCACCUGGAACCCAGCCAAUGACCUUCAGGCUAUUGACAGGGCGUAUCGCAUUGGCCAAUGCAGGGAUGUGACUGUUCUUAGGCUGAUCUCACUGGGGACUGUGGAAGAGGUCAUAUACCUACGACAAAUUUACAAACAGCAAUUGCACUCCUCUGUAGUUGGCAAAGAGAGCUCCCGGCGGUAUUUCGAAGCAGUGCGGGGGCAUGGUGACCAUAAGGAUGAACUGUUUGGGAUCAAAAACCUAUUUAGGCUGCAAACUCAAGGGACCUGUCUCACCCGCAAGAUUUUAGAGAGAGAAGGGCAAGUGGAGGCUGGUGUUAUGAUGAGUACACACACAGGCAAAGACACGGAGGAGGAGACAAAGGGAGCUGGCCAAGCUGGAGGUUCUUCACCUACAAAAGUCCAUGUACCAAAUGAUAAACCAGUGAAGGAGAACAGCGAUGCAUCAAAAGUCUCCACAGGGGUGCUGGACUUCAGCAGUGAAGAGGAUGAGAGGGAGCAGGGGGUCAAGAGAAAGGCCUCAAACCUCAGUACAGAUGAUUGCAAUAGGAGCAGGAGUGCUACAACAGGUCCUAGUCGAAUGAGUCUCCAACAGCAUGGUUUCUCCAAACUCUUUGAAAGAGUCAAAGAAGCACCAGCGCUAGAAGGACAAACGAGUCCAGAAGGUGAAGGAAGCUGCUUUGAGGAAGAUCCUGAGGAGGAAAAAAGGGAAGACAAGUCGACCUCCAUCACAGGAAAUGUCGGUGUCCAUUUGGGAACAGAAACCAGGGACACAUCCUGCAAUUCAGACAGAAAAUUAAGAGAUAAUGGAGAUAAUGGGAGACAAGACGGUGACACGGGUCUGAAACGGCAGAUACGUGAAAUAAUUACUGUGGAUGAAGAUGGCAAUAAAAACUCUAAAGUAGAAAAAAAUAAAGUUAAUAAACUCAAAACUACAUUUCGCCAAAAACACAAGUUUGGUGGUUACUCAGAUGAAUCUGAAGACUUCGACUUAGAGGCAAAGUCGUGGUCCAAAAAGGAUACUUUAUAUUUACAUGAUGGAGCAGAGAAGGGGGGAGGAAGGACAGACUGCAGUAAAAGGAGGCAAAGUGCAAGUGAAAGGGAUAAAAGAAGAUCAAAAUACACAGAAGAUAUAGAGACAUUCUCAUCUUCAGAGGAGGAACAUGUAAGUCCACACAUGGAGAGAUCCAGAGUUAAAUUGCAAAAACUUGGGCAAAGACCUGUGACGGGCACAACAGAGAAGGAAGCUUUGAUGCCGAAGGCUGUUUCAUUUACAACUUUGAAAAGUCAGACAACCCUGGCAUCUAAAGAAAAGAAUGGAACUAUUGACUGCAUGCUAGGAGGUGUACAGGAGGUGGUGUACACCCACUCUAACCAGCGCAUUGUGGGUGGCAGCAAAGCAGAAGAGCUAAUCAGUCGAGCUGCUGUACGGGACGUGUUUGAACGCAAAAUGUACUCGCAGCUCCCGGCCAAUCACCUUCUAGGAACCCAAGAGAGCUUGGCGGAGAGCUUGCCAGACAGUGAGCCGUGUCAUUCCACUAUGAGGCUGCAAGAGCUCAGUUUGGAUCAUCCAGUCACCUUUACCACCAAGAGUGUGCAUCACACCAAACACAACACCUUCAUCUUUGGCGAGACUCCCAAAGCCAUACGCAGGCACCAGCUGGAGGAAAUGGCAGAAAAAUUCAAAUUUCCCACAGUCCACCAGUUUGCUGUUGAAAUUCUGAGCAAAGAUUCAACCCAGAGGCUGGCCUUGCUUCACCAGUAUUACACUUCACUGAACCUCCCUGAGUUGGCUGAUACGGUCAAAAACAACUUCCCACAACCUGUUUCAGCACAAGCCUCCCCCUUAGCUGCUAACUCAGAGAUCAAAAAUCCACAAAAGGAUGCUUCAAAAGCCACAAAAAAUUUGACAUUCACUCAAAAGAAUUUCAGAACUAAACCUGAAACAUCGCAAAAAACUCCUGUGCCACCAAAAAAGGCUAGAAACUCAAAAGGCGAUACUCCAAAACCUCGCAAAAAGCAAAGAAUAUCACAAAGGAAUGUGCUGGAACCUCUAAGUGAUGUUCCAAGUCCUGAGUCAGAGGAGCAGGACGAGACGCACUGCAGUGCCAGAGGACUCAAGCGGACAAAGGGAGGUAGUGUUUCUACUUCUGGAGCCCACAUAGCUGGUGGUGGUCUUGGCGGCGAUCGAGUCAGCAGCAGUGGUCUUGGGUCUGGGGAGGCUUCUGCUCGCCUGAACUGCACAGACAGAGAUACCCCUUCUUCUUCGGACCUCAGCCAUGGCAGUUCCACCAUGGUAUCCAAACCCACAGCACGAGGAAAAGAGCAGGAGCAGAAGUCAUCUUUGAGGAUAAGUGAAACUUUGCAGAGGGAGCAGAGAGAAAAUUCUCAGCCCCCUUCCAUCUCCACUAAUCGCUCCUACCUAACAGAGCUGAUAGGAGACACCUCGAUCCUAGAUGACUUACUAAAACCCAAACCCAAGAGUACUCAACACAUCCCAAAAACACCACCCGUAGCACCUGUAAGCACCAAUCUUACCACGCCUUCACCGUCCGCACUCACUUCCCACUCUGAUGCAACCUUACACACCCAAACUACACACCAGGUCGAAACAACAGCACGGGCAUCGAAGGGCAGUCGCAAAGACUUCUGGGACAUCCUGAAUGAGGGUAAUGAGGAGAGUAUCAAUAGAUUAACAGAUUUAGAAGAAGUGCAGAGAGUUUGCAUCACCACCAACUUUGCAGCUAGAACCGUGUCUGCGGAGAAGGACAGCAAGAGUCUCUGGAAAACUAAUGACAAGUUCCUGUGGAAAAAAUAGCAUUUGAAUUUGUAUUAGUGAACAGUUUUGCAGCUUUGUCUGCAAAUUUUCGUACUUUUCUUUUGUUUAAAAUGAUUGAAUCUUUUAAAUUGUCUUUUAUUUUUACUUUUUAAAAAAGAGAAUUCUCUUGUAUGUUACUAAAAUAAACUUCAGUGUAAUCACUCUUGAAAGUAUUUAGUUGAACGUGCAUAUACUUUUAUGAAAAUAGUUUCCCUGCUCUUCUCUUUUUUUUCUUUUUUUCUACACUGGCUAAGCACUAUACUUUGUCGUCACAGUGGUAAGUUGUAUAUAUGUAUCAUGUGAUGACAACAGAUAAUUUCCAUUACACUGGACUGUUUCCAACAGAGAAACAAAAAGUGGAACUUCAGGGCGAAGCUGACUCAGAUCUCAUCAAACAUGGUUAUGGUUUGGACUUAGCAUAGGCAGGAGUGUAUAGUGUCAGCCCUUUAGGCCGAUCACACAGGUAUAGUGGCUGAUCAGCUGUUCCUAAAUACAGCAACUGUGAAAUGACUAAACUUUUCAUUUGGUAGGUGGUUGGCAUCUGGGACUACACGUUUUCUUUUUCUGCCAACCAGUGGUUGUUAAGGGGUUAACGACUGGCUUCUAGGCUUGUGUGACUGAUAGCAUAAUUGUCACCCAAUAAGUGUUGGUGACUGUGCAGAAAUACCACUUAAAACUCCUUAAUGGCUGUUAGGUCUGUGUCACUCCACACCCAUUGCUGCCUCACACCUCCCAAGAGAGUGGACAUUACAUAAUGUAGAUGGUGAUGUUUCCCUGCAGUCAUCUGCACUGUAAUCUGAGCGCUCUGUGGGUCUGCUGAGUUGUGCCCCUCAGAGGGGAGAGCUGCUGUGCUAUUAGUGUAAUAACAAUAAGCAAUUCAAGACUUAAGUGGAGCAGCGAGAUGAGUGAUGGCAGGUAGUAUUCAUGCCCUUCCAUUCACCCAUCAUCUGAAAAUUUUCGUUGUAGUUGCAUUUGUCAAAUUCAUCAAACUCUAAGCUUUGUCUUAAUAUGAAAAAAAAAGGGUCAAAUUGUUUGUUUGGGAGUGCACAUUACUGUUCUGUUACACACAGCUGUGUUUGACCUCUUUCAGCUGUUGUGUUGAUGUAAAUGAAAGCUGCUCUGUUUAAGUGUUGUGUUCUGUGUAGCAGAAAUGAGAAAGUGCGGAACAUCACUGAACGUGCCUCAACAAAUCAUGCAGGUGUGUGUGUGUGUGUGUGUGUGUGUGUGUCUGUGU